AUGAAAGUGCUAAUUGUUCUUGAUGACGUGGACAGAAGGUUUAAUCUCACAGAACUCAUAGGAGAGCUCGAUACAGAUAUGAAAAAGAUCUUCCAACAUUUGAUCAGACUUUCGAAGUUCCAGAGCUGUGUCGAUGGGAAGUUCAGCUGCUUUUCUCCAGUUAUACAGAUGCAAAUUUCCGUCCUUUUAAUGAACUUGCCGCUGAAAUUAAACACUUCAAAAGUUGCUGUAUGGACAGAAAAGCUGAUGAUAAGUUAUGAAGCCUUGGAUGCCCCGCAAAAACAGAUGUUUCUUGAUAUAGCAUGUUCAGUCAAUGGAGAGGAUCUGCGGAUUGCAUCGAACAUGUGGCAUGAGUUCAGCACAUCUCAUUUAUCUGGAGGAAGUGAAUACCGGCAUUUAUUGUCCCUUAUAAAAAUCGGAGAUGACAAUGAGUUGUGGAUGCAUGAUGAACUACGAGAGCUAGGAAGACAACUACUUGCAUGUCAAGGUGGUGACACAGAUUUCCAGAUGGAAAUUAAACCUCAGACAACAAACAAGUAG